AUGCCAAAGGCCUGUCACACAUCGAAACUACAUUCCAGGAGAUCUGGAAACUGCUUGGAUAAAUUGCGAUUCUUGCAAGCGAGCAACGAGGCUGGCGGAGAGGAGGAUAAAGUGGAGGAUAAGAAGGUUGAGGGGAGUGGGCGACCGAAGGUGCUUGCUGACAGAACAAAUGCGACGGAGAUGGCCUGCACGAGUGCUGGGUCAGCGAGAUUGGAAGCCAUCAAUGCCGUGUCUAAGCCGUCGUUGAGAGCACUCAUUGGGAGGCGACUUCUUCACGGGUGCGGUGCUCGCUUCGACGUUGAUGAAGCUUGUGCUGCGUCUACGUUGAUUGCGACCUCCAUUAUCCGAGUCGGCCAGUCAACAGAAAAAGACAGCAGAGUCGAGUCAGAAAGCACACAGGAACAUGUCGUACAAGUGGAUGACUUGCUUACUUUCAGGCAAUUCUCGAAUACAUCGGCGGAUGAUCCCAUUGAUUACGUUGAGGACUUGGGCAAGGCGACGGGAACUGCUGAAGUAGGUCUUGGCCAUGUAUCUCGUGCACUGGGUCUCAAGUCCAAGAUACUCAUCAUCGACAUGGUAACUGUCCCGAACGUAGACGCGACUGCUACAACAAGUGUUGAAUCGUUCUUAAUAGAUUCACGCCAAAUGCCGCGACUACAGUAUUCCAUCGCACUUUGA